AUGGCUCCAAUAUUAAAGACUUACGGGAGGAAAAGCAGCAUUAGAAGAAUUGAAAAAGAAGACACAUUCGAUAGACUUCUGAGGAGCCAAACGUCAAAUUUAUCAAAUAUAUUUGAAUCUUCAUCUGAUAAUGAAUCUUCUAAGAAAAAAUCUAUUGGAAGUUUUACCUCUCAGAGUACGUCUGUCAAAUCUAAAGAAGGGGAAGGUUGUUUUAUCAGCAGUAGAUCAUUACAAAAAUCAUGGCUUGAUGUCUCUGAAUUAAGCGUGGCAGAUUAUUCAGAAACGAGACAAAAAAAGAAAAAGAAGACAACAUACUCAAAUAGAAUCAGGAAAAAGAAAAAGAAUGACAAACUUGAAAAGUCAUCUCUAGUUUAUUUGAAAACUAGUUUAAUACCCAACAAAGUGGCAUCGAGUACGCCAAAAGUUGAUUCUGAUGUUGCUAAUCUAGUCAAUAUUCAUUCAUAUAAACGGAAUAUGCCAACUGUUUCUCCUAUUAUUACUGAUAUAUCAACACAGCCUUCUGUUGAGUCUUCUCCAAAAGGAGUUAGAAGUACAUAUUUUGCUCCUAAAAAUAUUUUGGAGACAUCGUCUGAUGUAUUUAUAGGACAUUCUUAUCAAGAAAACUUUUUAGGAUUUCCUAGUCUCAAUGAUGCAGCGAAUACCUCUCAGGAAUUCUUUUAUGGUUUUCCCUCAUUUACUGAAAAUGUAAUCUCAGAAAAACUAAACAAACUUCAAAUUGCAAAUGAAACAGGUAAUUUGAAAGGAAAUUGCAAAACUAUAAAUGAGCAAGGUGAAGACAUUUUUGUAAAUAAAAAGAACUUAAAAGAUGCUACUGCGAACGAAACAGAAAUUCUAUAUUCUACCUUACCUAUUCUUUGUGAUAAAGGUACUUCAUUAGAUUUAUUAAUUGUAGAUAUAAAUCGAUCUAAGGAAAGAUCUACUAACAAAUCUUCAGAAGAGGCCAAGCCUUCUCUUCUUACUGAAUCUUCUAAGAUGAAAUUAGACUUGUUGGAAAAGACUGGGGAAUCUGUAUCAGUCUCUAAAUCUUUACAAAAUUUGAAUACACCUAAUUUUUUUGAAGAAGAUGUUAGUAAGAUGGUAAAAAGUUCUUCUUUUGAACACCCCAAGGUAACAAAGAUUUCCGAAAAUGUAUUAGUCCCUUGUAAAAUUAAUAUACAACAAAUUGCAGUGGAAUGUUCAGAACUCAAUGUUGAUUCAUCCGACAUUGAAGAGUCUGUUUUAAAUUCAGCUGACGAAAGAUCUUAUUCAAUGAGAUCAGGGCAGUUAGAUGAAGAAGAAUCUAUUAUUCACUCCUCUGAUGAAGAGGAGACCAGUGGCUUAGCUAAAGAAAGAGAUUCGGAUGCUCAAAAACAAUUGCCUAUAGUUGAUUCUGAUGUCUCUGCCAAUUUGCUUCAAUUUAAAGAAUUGGAAAUAAGUGGUAAUGCCCAGAGUGAAGAAGUUAGUGCAGAAGAAGGUGAUUUGUACACAGAGUCAGAAAUAGCUAAGAGUUCAGACAGUAUUGAAGUUAGUAGAACUGCAAAUUUGGAAAACAUCAGUUCGGAUGUUUCAACAUCUUCUGACAAAGAUAUUUUAAAAGAUGAUGAAUCUGGAAUAGUAUUAUCAUCUAACUUGAUUAAUGACAAACUUGAUGUAAAGCAAACUACCAACUAUAACAUCACUCGUUCGUGCUCAGCCAAAUCAAAAGAUUCUUCAUUUUAUUCUGCUGAAAAUUCUGCUUCUGAUGAUAGUGAACGGGAUUGCGAAUAUGAAAGUGAUGGUGAAUUGAGUUGUGAAUCAAAUAAGAGUUCAAGAAGAAGCUCCCUAGAAUCAACAAAAUGUUUGACUCGAGAAACACUUGAGCAGCUUAGGGAAUCUGUUUCUAGCCUGAGGAUUCAAGAUGAAUACGAAGAUACAAUAUGCAAAUCAAGAAAGUCACUUUCAAAAAGGGGUACAGAAUGGGAAUGUCCUCCUUCACCUAGAAGAAGUAUUUUCACUCUUGCUCCAUUAUUUCCUCUUCCCGAAAAUCAAGAGGAUCCUACGGAUGAUAGUACACAGGCCGAAGGCUCAAUGUGUGACUCAGCAACUGCUUCGGAAGAAGAUAGUAAUCAGUCUGGAUCCAUGAGGAUUAAAGACAGGUUUAAGGAGGAAUUCGGAAAGAAUGAAGAAAUGGGAAGAUCAAGUGGUGAAGAUGACAGUACUAAACACAGUCCUGUUAGAGAAGCGUCAAGGCUGAGGAGAUCUCGUAGGUUGUCACGGAAAAGCCGGGAGUCAGAGAGCAAAUUAAAUAUGGUUAUUGAAGAGUCUGAUUCCGAGUCUACUGAAGCCGAAAUUGUUCAACAGAUUGAGCAUAUCGUACUACCAACUGGCAAAAAGUAUCGAAGAUCACUAACCGUUCUGAAACAUCUUGGAGAUGAAGAAACCUGUACAUCUACUGUUCCCAAAGGGCGGAACUAUGACUUAUCAAUCGAGUCUGUCAUCAAUUUGCAAUGUAAAACAGGUACAGAUAUAUGUGAUGGCCGAAAGAGCCUCAUGAAUAAACGGAGUUCUCUUCUUAGCCAAUGUCGGACUCCCACUUCAUCUCCUGCUCCUAGACGUUUUAGGAGAUCAUCACAUCUCAAUGUAACACAUGCAACCUCACCCACAAUUAUCAAAAGGCUAUCAGUUGCUGGUACUAUCCUGGAAGAGAGUAUUGAAAGAAGUUUGCUCUCUGGUACAAUAUUGGAAGAAAGUCCUGAUAAGAUAACACCACUGUCAGUUAGUAGUAAACUACAUGAGGUUACUAUAAAAGAAGAGGAUGAAGAAGACGAAGGAGUUGAAGAAAGCAAGACUAUCAAAGUUCUGGAUGAAUCAAAACAAUCUCAAGAGCUUCAGGAAACCACCGUCUAUGAAGAUAUUUGUUAUCAGCUUCCUGAGGACACUUCUAAGAGCAUUGUCAUGAAAGUAUGUCAGCAGACAGAACCGAUUUCAUUUGAAGAUAUACUUUUUGAUGAGUGGGAAGAAGGAAGCAUAAAAAUAGGAGAAGGUGUUUUUGGGGAAGUGUUCAUGAUACCCAGAGAAAAUGUAAAAAAUGUCAUUAAAAUCAUUCCUAUCGAAGGAGAUUUCACUGUGAAUGGAGAAAAACAGAAAAAGUUUUCUGAAAUCUGCAAUGAGCUCAUUAUUGCCGAUUCUCUAAGUGAAUUGCGUGAACACAAUGACAAUUUCAUGUCUCCUGGUUUUGCCGAAUUAGUUUCAUCUUCUGUGGUGAAAGGAAGAUACCCCAAGAGACUGAUUGAACUCUGGGAUGAGUUCGAUGAAACCAGAGGUUCGGAAAAUGAAUCUCCUCUAAUUUUUGGAGACAAUCAACUUUAUUUAGUACUCGAACUGGGCAAUGCUGGUAGGGAUUUGGAAAGUUAUUCCUUCUCAACUGCUAAACAAGGGCUUUCUGUCUUUAAGCAGACUGUUUGUGCUCUAGCAGUCGCUGAGGCCAAUUACGAAUUUGAGCAUAGGGAUUUACAUUGGGGUAAUGUUUUGGUCUCGAGAACUUCAGAAAGGGAUAUUCCUUUCACUCUUAACAGAGAUAAAUAUACAAUUCUGACCAAUGGUGUAAAGGCUACUAUUAUUGACUUCACCUUGUCAAGAAUGACAUUCCCCUGCUCUGACAUCCCAGUCUAUUGUGAUAUCGGCCAGGACCCUGACAUGUUUAUCGGAACUGGAGACUACCAAUUUGAUGUCUACAGGCACAUGAAAGACGAUGUGAAAAACAAUUGGCAAUGCUUUGUCCCAAAGACAAAUGUGCGAUGGCUCCAUUACCUUGUUGACAAGAUGAUUAACAGGGUCAAGUACCAAAGGAAGACGGCCAAAGUGCAUACCGACAGCAUGAAGAUACUUAAAGAUAUAGAAAGUUGGAUUCUCAACUGUGAUAGCUCUGUCGAAGUCGCGUUGAAAAUUGUGCAAUACAAAUAG